AGACAUCGAGGAAGCGGAAGUGACCUGUUGCUUUUUCGCUUGUGCUGCUUUAGUCCUGACUAAUCAACCUCUCUUGUUAAAAUCGAACACGAACUUAAGAAACAUGCCUCUGGCGAAAGACCUACUGCAUCCUUCUCUUGAUGAGGAAAAGAGGCUGCAUAAAAAGAAGCGGUUGGUCCAGAGCCCUAAUUCUUACUUCAUGGAUGUGAAAUGUCCUGGCUGCUACAAGAUCACCACAGUGUUUAGCCAUGCCCAGACGGUAGUACUGUGCGUAGGCUGUUCCACAGUGCUCUGCCAGCCUACAGGAGGAAAGGCCAGGCUGACGGAGGGUAGCUCAUUCAGAGUCCCUGCACUGUAUAAGUAGGUGUAAAAGAUUAACUGUGUCUCGAGAUGGUUUGCUAUACUUGAGAGGAUAUUGGUUAUUAAAUGCUGUAGACUAGGGGUGGCCAAACCUGGCCCUGGAGAACCGCUGGGUCUUCUACUUUUCGUUCCACCUGAAUUAACAAUUAUUUUCUUAAUUGGUCAACACUAAAAAAAAAUUCCAGGUCUUUAGCCGUUGAUAAUACAAAGAUUGUGGCUCUCCAGUACCAGGGUUGGCCUUCGCUGUUCUAUACAAACACUAGCUUUCAAGACCUGUUUGUGUCUACAGCUCCAUCAUGAUACAAUACAUUAUGUAUUUGUAGUCCACCAAAUAGUUCUCAAAUCCUAACUUCUAAUUUAAACCUCUAAAACCCCUUUCACACACAAAUGCCACUACUGAACCAUCUCGGAGAUGUUAAAAAAAUUCUUUAAAAUACCCAUUCACGCAGCACAAAAUUGCACAAUCUAUGCCGGUAUGAUAUCGUCAUAACCCAUUCAUACAGCCAAAGUAAUCAUGUGAGUACAACUUUCAAACACGUCAGUCAACAGAUGUUUUCAUGGCAAUGACAAUUCACCCGUAAAUGACAGCAUCACGCACAUGAAGUUAACAAUUCCUUAACUUAUUCCAGAUUCCAAUUACUAUUUAGUUCUUGAUCACGAGGUGGUUCAGAGGCGGCAUACAAUGUGACAGCUCUGUGACGGUAUAGGCAGUUCAAACAGACCAAAAUGAAGCAUCAGUGCCAGUUCUGAGCCGCCAUAAGUCGCCUGUAUGAAAGGGUUACAAGUCUAUCCAUUGCCUUUUUUGUAGAACACUUUUUUGAAUGUUUC